AUUUUUAAUUUAUCGAAAAAACGUAGUGAUCUUGGCCGUUUGCAUUCAGUUGUUGAAGUUGGCUGGCCAGAAGAAUUAGCUCCACCACUUGAUCGACUUUGCUCAAUAUGCAAAUUACUCGAGAAUUGGUUAUCUGCAAAUGCGCAAAAUGUCGUUGUUAUCCAUUGUAAAGGAGGAUGUUCACGUGCAGCUAUUGUCAUUGCUGCAUAUAUGCAUUAUAUUACCAUAUGUUCCAAGUCA